UUGAUGUUAACCUAACAUUUCUCUUUCAAUUUAUCUCUCUAUUCAAUCAGUGUUGUAAAAAUUUUUUAAAAUGCUUCUCUUGGGUGAUAUUGUGCCAAAUCUUGAUCUUAAUACUACUGAAGGAAAGUUUAAAUUUCACGAUUGGAUUGGUAAUAGCUGGGCCAUUCUAUUUUCACAUCCCGCUGAUUACACUCCCGUCUGUACGACCGAACUUGCCAGAGUGGCUCAACUUAUGCCAAAGUUUGAGACUAGGGGUGUUAAAUUGAUCGGGUUAUCUUGCGAUAGCGUCGAAAGCCAUAUGGGAUGGAUCAAAGAUAUUCAGUGCUUCGGAAAAUUGAGUGGCGACUUUCCUUUCCCUCUCAUUGAUGAUCACAAACGAGAAAUCGCCAUUAAAUUAGGAAUGCUGGACCCCGAAGAGAAGGAUAGUAGCGGCCACGCAUUGACAUGUAGAGCCGUUUUUAUUAUAGGGCCUGACAAAAAGUUGAAAUUAUCAAUAUUAUACCCGGCAACGACUGGAAGAAAUUUUGAUGAAAUUUUAAGAGUGAUUGAUUCACUUCAAUUAACUAGCCGCGCCAAAGUCUCCACCCCCGUUGAUUGGAAGCCAGGAACCGAAUGCAUGGUGCUACCUAAUAUUUCAACCCAGGACGCUGAUAAAAUAUUUACCAAGGGAUAUGAAACUGUCGAGUUGCCUUCAAAAAAACAUUAUAUGAGGUUCACGCCAGCACCAUAAACGCGUCAAUCAUUAUAUAUAUUUCUAACAUACGGUUAUAAUCCACUUGUUAAACGUUCUUCAUUUUUAUUUAAAUAAGUUUUAGUAAAUUUUAAAUUUGUAAUAAUUUGAGAAACUUAAAGCAGGUUAUAUACUGUAAUUACCUCAUGAAAUUUUUUUUUAUAUAAAGCAAACAUAGCUCAU